ACGUCCACAUGCGUCUGCAGAUUUCAGGAUAAGGACCAUAAAUGUUCUGCUCAUCCGCAGCACUCGCUCAAUAAACUUGUUCCUCUGAAUUGCCCAGAGAUCACAAUAGCAAUGGCGUUCAGACAUUUCCUGAGACAUGCACUUGACACACCCACGCAGCAAAGCUGGGGCCCUCUAAUCACCCCCUCUAACCAACCCACCCCGCUGUUCACCAGGCUCCUAGAUGCAAUAUUCACCUACUUCACCAACGUUCCUCCCGUCGACCCCACGGGCUUCGAUCCGGUCAAAUAUGCCUCGGUCUUUACGGCCCUGUUCUACUCCGACAACAACAAUCUCAGCCGCCGCUACUACAUCUUCGCCACUGAAAACCAUAUGCCCGCACCGGAGCAAUUCGCGUAUCAGGCCAUGGCCAUAUUCUAUCGCACCCACCACAUCCAACAUACAAUGAACGGCGCCACCCCGAUACUGACAAGGGAAGGAUUCCACCUCAUGAUGCUCAGAGAUACAUUGGGGGAUCCCGGCAUACAGCAUCAACGAUUCAAUGCGUUUCUGGCGGUUCAUGGGCGCGAUUUGGUGGAUCCCAUGACUGGUGGGCACUUUCCGCCAGUUCCCAUUCCUCGGGACUCACUGCCCAGGGAGAGGGAUUCCCAGACAUGGUCCAGCGAGGCGGAGAUGACGAGAGACUUUAAUGCGGAGUUGGGUGUUUACCUCGAAGACCUGAAUAGGAUGGCGGGAUGGACGCAUGGUGUGACUAUGGAUAGUAUGUCGCCUCGGGUGUGGACUAGUGGGUACCUAUGAUAGCAUGGUGGUAUUUUGUUUACUGCAACAUGGGUAUGAUGCACCAUGGAUUUGAAUUGAACGUUCUCAAGAUGGAUGGAAAACUAAGUGGC